AUGGCUACUCUUCGUCCACCCUCAAGCCCCUCACCCUCGACGUCUCCUGGCCCACAGGGCCAGAACGGAGCAGGAAAAUCUGCGAACUCGAGAGCUUCGAUGGGGCCCGGUGCGCGUCCUGCGGGUGCCAACCAGGCUUUCCCUAUGGCCUCUCCAAGGCCUGGCGGUGGUCCCUCUGGAGGAAGACCCACGAGCGAGUUAUUAGGCUCUUCUGGGAUGUAUCAGACUCCGGAAGCGGAAGCCAUUGACCAAUGGUUCGAAAACCUUCAGAAUUACGAGGUCACUCUGGAAGAGAUGGCUGCUGCCUCUCUCGAUGUUAAUUUUAAAGAAGAACUCUCUGCUAUCGAGCAAUGGUUCAAAGUUCUCUCAGAAGCCGAGCGCACAGCCGCUCUCUAUAGUCUUCUGCAACAUUCUACUCAAGUCCAAAUCCGCUUCUUCAUCACCGUCCUGCAACAAAUGGCCAGGUCGGACCCUAUGACCGCCCUUCUCUCCCCCGCCGUCGGCGGCUCGAUGCAAGCCCAGAUGGAAGCUAAACUGGCCUCUAUGGCCCUCAAAUCACCGGGCCUCAAAUCGAACAUGCCCUCCUCUCCCUCCGCUCGCUCCUUCCCCACAGGCGCAGCACCUCCCACCCCCGGGGGCCGUCAGUCUCUCGCCUUCGACAGCUCCUCCUCCUUCCUUUCGCCCGACUCUGCGGCCGUGGCUGGAGGGGACGCUGCCGCCACCCUCGCCCAGCAGCGCGCAAAGUUAAACGCGAACCAUGCCGCUCGUCGUAUCUCGGCUCCUGCUCUCGCCAGCGCUGCCGACGGCCGUAACAACGUCUGGAGCAACGGAACGACGCUCUCGCAAGUCACGGAACGUGCCAACUCUCCCUCGCAGGAACUCACCGUUUCCGAAGGCACGACGGCGAACCGCUCCCGCCCUCAAAGUACCGAUUUCUCUGGUAUGGCCGCGGGUGCGGCCCUUCGCUCGCCGAGGCCGGACGUCGAGGCAUUCUCUCCCAUGGCGGGGGAUAGCUGGGCGAGCAUGGUCAACACGCCACUCAUCCCGAUGUUCAGCAACAAGAACGCUCAGAGCCAGGGACUGGACGCUGCCGCGCAGAAGUUGAACGAGUGGACGGGUGCGGCGGCCGGUAGGGGUGGCGUUCCGUUGAUGGACGACGCGAAGAAGUACAGGAGGGCGAGCAAGUCGAACGCACAGGGCGACGGUGUGGCGCAGAACGGGGCCGUCUAUGACGACGCCGGUAAUAUUAUUUCGCAGGGUGGAGGGGGCGGCCAGGGAAGUGGCCAACAGCAGCAGCAGCAGCAACAGCAACAGCAACAGCGCAACGCGUCUGGCGGCCUCAGGAACGUCAGCGGGAAUGGCGGCGUGAACGGACAUGGACACGGGCACAGCGGACAAGGACAACAAGGACAAGGCAACUUGGGGCCUGGCGGCUGGAACGGCAAUAAUGGGGCGAGGAGCCCGGCGCUCUCCAACGUUUCUUCGGGCAGGUUCGGGAGCGACUCGGAUUCGAUGGGCAUGGGAGGCGGGAUGGGCGGCAUGCCUGGGUUCGGAGGCAUGGGGGGACUGGCGAGUCCGGCGUUGGCUGGGAUGAACGGCAUGAACGGCAUGAAUCCCAACCAACUGUUGGCGGCGGCGGGGAUGUUCGGGAUGAAUGGGAUGAACGGGAUGAACAUGAAUAUGUUGAACAUGGCGAAUCUGAGCGCGAUGGGGAUCAGUCCCGAGGCGCAGAUCUUGGCCGCGCAGAUGGCGGCGGCGAAUGGGGGCUUGGGGAUGAAUGGGUUUGGAGGGAUGGGGCAGCCGGGGCUGGGAGCGUUCGUGGGAAUGGGACAGGCGGGGAUGGGAGGUGGGGCGGGCAUGCGUGGGAUGGGAGGAAUGGGUGGAGGAGGAGGGAGUGGAAGGUCUGGUGGAAGGUCGCCCGGAUUGAAGUCGAAUGGGGGAGGAAGUAACUCUGGGAAGAAGGGUGACGAGGAGGAUGUGGACCCGUCGCUGCUGAACGAUAUCCCUGCGUGGUUGAGAAGCUUGAGGUUGCACAAGUAUACGCCUAACUUUGAGGGAGUCCAGUGGAGGGAUAUGGUGGUCAUGGACGAGGCGGCGUUGGAGGCAAAGGGAGUCGCUGCGCUCGGCGCUAGGAGGAAGAUGUUGAAGACAUUUGAAGUCGUGAGGAAGAAGAUGGGCAUUGAGGGGCCUGCUGGAAGUGGAGAUGCUUCCUCGUAA